AUGAAGGUCACCGUCGCUAUGAUGGCCCUCAUGGGCACAGCCAUGGCUGUUCCCCAGUACGGAGGUGGUGGAUAUGGUAGUGGAUAUGGUACUACCAACUCAACUUCCUCUGCUCCCAGUUACUCGGGUUCCAUGCCUCCUGGCGGCUAUGGAAGUAAGCCUUCGCCUACUCCCCCGGCUCCCGAAGUAUCAUCAUCGUCGUCGUCGAUGCCUGGUGGAUACGGCGACAAGCCUACGCCCCCGGCUCCCUCAGUAUCAUCGUCUUCGAUGCCUGGUGGAUACGGCGAGAAGCCUACGCCCCCGGCUCCCUCAGUAUCAUCGUCUUCGAUGCCUGGUGGAUACGGCGAGAAGCCUACGCCCCCGGCUCCCUCAGUAUCAUCGUCUUCGAUGCCUGGUGGAUACGGCGACAAGCCCUCGCCAUCCCCCUCACCCAGUGGCUCGACCUCGACUGAGCCCUGCGAGGAGACGACUGCUCCUCCUCAGCCACCCAAGUCUUCGGCUCCUCCUGCCGACGAGACCACCUCGAGUGGCUCGACCUCGACUGAGCCCUGCGAGGAGACGUCUGCUCCUCCUCAGCCACCCAAGUCUUCGGCUCCUCCUGCCCACGAGACUACCAGCGAGCCCUGCGAGGAGACGACUGCUCCUCCUCAGCCACCCAAGUCUUCGGCUCCUCCUGCCGACGAGACUACCAGCGAGCCCUGCGAGGAGACGACUGCUCCUCCUCAGCCACCCAAGUCUUCGGCUCCUCCUGCCGACGAGACUACCAGCGAGCCCUGCGAGGAAACGACUGCUCCUCCUCAGCCACCCAAGUCUUCGGCUCCUCCUGCCGACGAGACUACCAGCGAGCCCUGCGAGGAAACGACUGCUCCUCCUCAGCCACCCAAGUCUUCGGCUCCUCCUGCCGACGAGACUACCAGCGAGCCAUGCGAGGAGACGACUGCUCCUCCUCAGCCACCCAAGUCUUCGGCUCCUCCUGCCCAAGAGACUACCAGCGAGCCAUGCGAGGAGACGACUGCUCCUCCUCAGCCACCCAAGUCUUCGGCUCCUCCUGCCGACGAGACUACCAGCGAGCCAUGCGAGGAGACGACUGCUCCUCCUCAGCCACCCAAGUCUUCGGCUCCUCCUGCCCAAGAGACUACCAGCGAGCCCUGCGAGGAGACGACUGCUCCUCCUCAGCCACCCAUGUCGCACGGUCCUCCCCCCCCAGGUCCCCCAAUGUCUCAGCCUCCUGCUCAGACUACCGCCUCUGAGCCUUGCCCACCACCUGGGGAGACCACUGUCACCACCACCAUCACCCGCCAGCCUCCUCCUCCCGCUCAGUCUCCACCUCCUCCAGGUCCCCCAUCUGAGCAGCACGGUCCUCCUCCAUCUCCUCCAUCUGAGCAGCACGGUCCUCCUCCAAGUCCCCCAUCUGAGCAGCAUGGUCCUCCUCCUUCCUACCCUCCUGGUCCUCCAUCUGAGCAGCACGGUCCUCCUCCUCCUGGUCCUCCAUCUGAGCAGCACGGUCCUCCUCCUCCUGGUCCUCCAUCUGAGCAGCACGGUCCUCCUCCUCCUGGUCCUCCAUCUGAGCAGCACGGUCCUCCUCCUCCCUACCCUCCAGGUACUCCUCCCGUCAUCCCUACGUCAGUCACCGCCCACCUAUCCGUCGGUACCAUUAUGCCCCCUCCCCCUACCCACACCUCCACUCCUCCCCCAGAGUUCACUGGCGCGGCCGCCAACACCAAGCCCAUGGUCGCUUUCUUGGCCGGUGCUCUCGCUCUCGCCGCCAUGGUUUAA